AAAUCUCUCAGGACUCAUUUCUUAUGGUCAAUCCUCCCGAUUUUGAUGAUCGGCCUACUAUUAAUAUGUCUGUUAUGAGUUGGCUACAUGUAUCUAGUCUUUAUGUCUGAAAUAAGAAGAAUUGUGGUUCAUUUAUUGGAUCUUAAAGAAGACGAACUUAUCAGAAAAACUAAUUUAUCAGCAUCGGUGAAGCAGAUAAUUCUCCAAGAACCACUCAAUAAUAAUUAUGUAUUAAAGGGAUUUAUACAAGAAAUUGUUAAUGACAAUCUUCCUAUCUCUGAAAAUUUCGAGAUUCCAACAGUUGCUGUAAACUAUCAUAAAACAGGAAAGAUAGAUUACGACAUGAGUUCUUGGUAUAGUACUCCAGAAGUUAAAGCUCAAGAAGACCUGACCUCUCCUGAGAUUGAUUUCUUAAAAAUAGCAGUAGCAUUGCAUUAUCCUUUUAAGAAUAUAUUGCUGGACCAGCUAGAUUCAGGCAUUGGAGUAUAUCAUCAUAUUUACUACAUAUUUCAAGGUGGAAGAAUGCUCUUCCAAUAUCCAGCUUAUGACAACGAUAUUCUUACAAAAACAUAUGGAGAAGGAUAUCCUUGAGCAGAUUACUUUCCAGACUCCGGAAAUAUGGAGUUCUAUGAUGGCCGUUGACGAAAUUUUUAUAAACAGGCUGUCAAAGAUAAAUUUGAUCCAAGCACUUAUGGACCAUACCAAAAUCCAUCUGUUUCUAAUAACUUCUUUGUACUUACUCUCAGCCAAGCUAUUGAUAAAGAUGGAGAAGUUCAUGGAGUGCUAAGUCAUGAUAUUAAUCUUAAUUUCAAAGGAUUCUUUGAUCAAUAUUUAGUCCCAAGAGAUGCUAACAUGCAUUACUUUAUCACAAAUUUUGAAGGAACUCUUUUUAAGCACUCAGAAGUAACAAUUAAAUCAACGAAUGAAACUAUAACUAUGGCUGAAUUUUCUAAAGAGGAUACUUCUCUAAAGGAGGAACCCCAAACAAAGGAAGCUCAAAAUUUUCGAGAUAAAAUGCUUACUUUGAUGAAGAAUCUAACUCAUACCGAACUAACAUCCUAUACUAAGUUUGGAAGAAAAUACAGAGCUUCUAUGACACCAAUGAAACUCAUGAUAUUCACAGAACCAGGCACCAAAAAUCCAGGUCCAGAUCAAUUCUUUAUUUUUACACAGGUUAUUGAUGAAGAGAGUUUCGUUUCUUUCCUUACUGACCAGUCUGAACUUCUUCUCUUCCUUCUAAUCUGGACCUCUAUCUUCAUUGCAGUAUUUAUCCUCUUAAUCCUUUUAACAAGCUGGGCUUUAGCAAAAAUCACAACUAGAGCACUAAAACCUAUUCAAAUCUUGAACACCAAAGUAUCUAUCUUAGUAAAGACUAAUGGAGAACUGAACCUCGAAAACACAAAAGUCAGCAUGAACUCCUACGAAGCUCAGAAAAUGUUCGAGGUGUUUUCAGAGCUGAUAACCACUAAGAAGUUCACUUCCAAUACAAUUUUGAAAAAUAACGACGCCAUUGCCAUAAUGGAAUAUGCAGAGGCCUAUACAGUCUUUAAGGACAAUAAGAAAGUGCAAGGAAUUUGCAUGACCAAUAUUGGCCAUAUCUAUCAGAAACUCAAGGAUUAUGAUGAAGCUGCAAAGAGAUACCGUGAAGCUGCAGAUCUUUCUCUUUUGUUGAUAAAUGAUAGCGAGUCUGAUGAUCAGACAAUAUCAGAAAAUUGGAAACUGUACUGUAAACGAAAAUAUUAUGAAAUAAUAUGCCUCUUCAAGCAUACUCAAGAUCAAGAGAAGUCAGUAAUUGAAGAGGAAAUGCCUAAGGUAGAGAAAGAUAUAGAUUCUAUUAAGAAACUGUUAAGCGAAAGGAUGAAAAGAUCUAUCAGUGACAUCUUAAUAAUGCUAAAUUUGUAUUCUAGUAAAUGACUUUUAAUGACAAGAAGAUUGAUCUCAUCAGAAAGAGACCUUCAUCUUGCAGUAAUGAUAUUUAAAGAAGAUAAAAUAAUCAUUAAAGAAGAUCGUCCGGAUAUUCCUAUCAUCCCAAGAUGAAUUCUCAGGCAACGAAUUCUCUUACAAAAAGCGCUAAUUUUAAAAGCUUAUAGUAGGACACAAGAGUCUGCUCUCUUAUUAACAAAACUUCUUAAAUGAGGUAAAGUUUAUGACCCUGGGACGAGAAAAGAAGCAUUGGAAACUCUCUAUUCAAUCAUGGCUAAUUGCCCAGAAGGAAAUCUGAUAGAAAAGCACCCUGAAACACGAAAUAUAGAAAUGAUGUUGCAACUAUUCCAAAGCGAUAAGAAUAAAAAUAUUAUCCUCUGUGUUGACUCGAUUAACUGCCAUAUGAUUAAUACUAAAUAAAAGGAUCUUGUGUGAAAUAUUUGACUGCCUAAACUCGCAGGAUAAUAUAUCCUUAAUUUCAAUGAACAAAAAGGUAAACAGAGUGUUCUCUCUUGCCCAAAAACAGAAAAACACUACACAACUAUUUAACCAGCUGAAACAUCUUCAAACUGUAGAUAAGACGAAGCUAUUCUUAGUAAAAGGAAUUCAGAAAUCUGUAGAAGAAAUCAAAACUUAUGGGAAUGAUAGUAGGCAUUUUCGAAGUUUCUCCAACUACAUAAUUUGUAUCUGUAGUCAUGCAGAUAACAGUAGUAUCCAGGAGAAAUACAGACAGUAUUGGGAGAAAUUAGAGCAUGAUAUUGGUAGACUUCAAAUCAACUUCGUAUUCAUCACUGUUGGAGGAGCCCAGAGCCAAGAAUUUAAAAACAUUAAGAAGCUAGUGAACUUUAACGACAACACUAUUUUCCUGAAUAUCACUCCAAAUACAAAAUUUGAGAAAUCAAUCCACCAGAGAAAGUCAGAUAGUGGUUCUCGGAUUUUUAACAGAGAGAGCAACAAGAAUUUGGAGAAGAUCAGGAUGCUUAUGUCUAACAUCAGCAAUAUCAAAUCAAUGGACGAGAAUUUAAUAUUUGAAACAUUUUAAUAAUAUGGCUUAACACAU